UCGAGAUUUUAAGCAUUAGACAGUAAUUUUCACAAUGCCUACCUGCGAGUUUACCUUCGAUCGUGAUACGGCGGUGUAUGUGUGUGGUGAAAAGCUAAGCGGCAGUGUGGCGGUAGCAUUCGCAAAGGAGAGAUUACUUGAAGAUAUACGCAUAGACUUCUGUGGUAAGGCAACCGUUAGUUGGGUAGACACAAUGGCGCGCUUUCCAAAGCUCUACUCCGCUGAGGAGACAUAUAUGGAGAUGGAAACAGUUGUGUUUCAAGGCGGUCUACUGAAGCCAAGCACAUAUAAUUACAGAUUUAAUUACCUUAUACCAGAUAUAUGUCCGACCACUUGUACGACAGAUAUCGGACGCAUUUACUACGAAUUAUCUUUAAUACUGUCAUUCCAAGACAAGACACACGACAAGACAGAGACACGUAAAUUUACACAUGAAAUACUGGUGGUGCAGGUGUUUAAUAUCGAUAAAAUACCCAAUGCAUUGUUACCAGUCAUACGUAACGAUGAGAUCUUCUUCUGCUGUUGGCCCUGCUCGGCCGGUCCGAUUUGUAUGCACUUGAAGGCAGCAUCGGGCGCCUACAUACCCGGCAACACUAUAAAUUUCUCCAUUGAAGUCGCUAAUAUGUCGAAGCGUUGCGAAUUUCGCACACAUAUCACCGCCUCCUUCAUGCAAGUCUACAAAUUCACCACGCAAGUGCCGCGUCGUCGCACGCGCUAUAUUUCGUACAUUUUGAGUAGCGUGGAACACCGCAUCAUUGUCAAGAAGGAUGACAUCGCUUCGCUGGAUGAUAAAUUCGUCGUACCGCCGCUGCCGCCUUCCACUCAGGGCACGCACAUUAUUUCAAUUAAGUAUGAGUUACGCUUAGAGACGCGCAUCAGCUAUGUCACACAAACAAUGUCGGACUUGACAUUGCCCAUACUGAUAGGCACGUCAACGGAUAUAACACCCGAGCAUACGAAUACGCUGAGGAAAAGUAGACGCUUGUAACGCCGUUACGCCCACAACUCUCUAUGCAAAGUUUGCGUUUAU